UGCACCUUCCACCACCACACAACACCCAGCCGCACGUGCCCCAGUAAUGAGAUUCCCUUGUAGUUAUGACAGAAAUCGUUAUUCUGUUUUGGUAAUGGUGGAGAGGGAGGAAGGGAGACCCGAGCCCCAGACCAAGGCCGAGUAGUGCCUGGCGGGGCGUGUUGACGUGUGUGUGUGUGUGUUGGUGAGCAGCGUUCAUUGCAAGGUGUGUUCCUCCAUAUUUACCGCAUAAAAUGAAGACAAAGAUUCUUGUGUUGCCCUGUAAUGUGUUGUUCUAUGGCUGUGUUGUUGUCAGUGCUAAGAGGCUGGGGGAGGGAGAGGCUUAGUGAGGCAGACUAUGGUGAUGCCAAGGUUAUUUACUUUGUUGAAUCUCGUCGACUACGGACACAGCUGAGGUGGACCUCCGCUGCUUCCCACUGGCUCCUCUCCUCUUGCUGAAGCCACGUACGUGUGCCUGUGUUGUCCAGCAGAGGCCGGAGGGGUCUGUGAACAGCAGCGGCACCAGCCAGGUGCUGGAGUGGUGCCAGGACUCAUCCAUGGUGGUGGUUGGUGUGUGAACAGCAGCGGCACCAGCCAGGUGCUGGAGUGGUGCCAGGACACAUCCAUGGUGGUGGUUGGUGUGUGAACAGCAGCGGCACCAGCCAGGUGCUGGAGUGGUGCCAGGACACAUCCAUGGUGGUGGUUGGUGUGUGAACAGCAGCAGCACCAGCCAGGUGCUGGAGUGGUGCCAGGACACAUCCAUGGUGGUGGUUGGUGUGUGAACAGCAGCAGCACCAGCCAGGUGCUGGAGUGGUGCCAGGACUCAUCCAUGGUGGUGGUUGGUGUGUGAACAGCAGCAGCACCAGCCAGGUGCUGGAGUGGUGCCAGGGCACAUCCAUGGUGGUGGUUGGCAUAAGUGUUUCAGGCUGGGCCUCAUAAACCAAAACCUUUCGCCCCCCAAGCACACACACUUGACAAGGCUUUCCUAGGAUUUGUGGGGGUCAUUUCCAUGGCCUGGUUUAUGAAUUGGUGCUCCCUUUGUAUGUUGAUCACUGCCCCUAUAAAAGAGCGAAUAGAUGAGCUGCCUUCAAACCAAAUAUAAUAGAAUAGAGAUAAAAGAGUAUAUGUAGUCAGUCGGUGUAGUUGUUGUAGCUGUGGAGACAGAAAGCAAUCUUGUACGUUAAUCACCCAAUGACUUGCAGACCAACAAGAAUCGGCUGAUCUUAUACUCUAUCGUGGCUGAUGAGUCUCGGCGGGAGGUUUACGAGCAGAGGGACCUGCCAGCCCCCCCCUCAAGUGGGAGUCUUCCAGCCUGUAUGCCUGUGAGCCCGUCCGCCUCUCAUGAUCUCCACGGCUUUUCAGACCGAGGUGAACAGAGGCGUGACUGAGCUGGUGUGUCUAAGGGAGGAGCUGAUGGUUGCCACUGUGCCGGGCCAUACCCAGCGGCUGUGUUGGGACGGCUCCGUCAACUACAGCCACAAGCUGCGUGGACCUGCAGCGCGUCCCAUUCUGCAAUGAUCAGCUGGCAGUGAAGGGUAAGGUCAGGUCUUUAGGGGCUGUGGUAUGUGUGGGGGGAGUCCGGUGUGUUUAGUCUUGCCCUGCAGCGGUGCCCCUAGAGGCUCCGGGGGUGCAUGUGGUGGACCUGGCGUGUUCCCCGGUGGUGGUCCUCAGCGACGGCAGGGCAGCUUUCCUCACCGCCUCAAAUUUGAUCCUGAUUUCCCAGGGCGUGGUGUGCCUGGACCCCGGUGAGUGAGGCAACAGGCGGCCUGGAGGUGUCCCACAUUAUGGUGCCCUCAGACAGAGGCUACGGAGGAAGGGUCACCAGGGCCAGUGGUGGGCUCCUGAAGGCACUGUGCUGGGCAUGAGCUGGACAGGAGGAGGAUUGCUGCUGUGGAGUGCAUUUGGCUCCCUGCUGACUGUGUCUGCGCUGGGACCACUCCGAGGACCCACUGUCUCUUGCCAUUACUAUAACCAAUAUGUUCCACAGCGCCCAGAUGACUCCCAUCGUGCUGGCGUCAAGCUGUGAGGCUGUGCUGCACCGUGAGCCACAAGCUCCACCUGAGCCACGCCCUCUGGCUCCACAGUGGGGUUCACGGCACACGCGCGUGGCUCCCUUUGUUCCCAAACUCCUCGGACAAGUCCCACACCUUCAUGGCCCGGAGAAUCACGCUGCCCUUCACUCCAUGCGUCCAUACAGCCGCUGGGAAGCUGUCAUGUUUGAGGAGGACAUCCAUCCUGCUGGCCGCCCAGACUGACGCCUCCUUGCCGGCCUGUGUACUACUGCCUCCCACCACCAGCCCCUCCCUGUGGCUGAAUGCACUGAGGGUGAGGAAGGAGAAGCAAGAAUCUGGAGAGUGCCUCCGUGAGUCGCUGCCUUACAACGCGUCUCCUCCAUGCCACUCCAGAAGCCAGGGAGUGGAACCUCAGCAAAGACCUCAUCCGCUUCCUGCGCUCUAUAGAAGCAGCUGUUCCUGUAUGAACAAGAUCCUGAAGUCCACAGCCAGCGCAGCGUCAACAGCCAAGGCUUUGCUUCAUCAACUGAAGGCUGCGGAGGGGAGCGACCUGUGGGUGCGGCGAGCGGCCGUCAGCAACAUGUCCUCAAUCCUCAGCUCCAUCCAGAACAACGACCGAGGUGGACUCUACCCGUACAGGGCCAGCAAGACGGCUCCCAACGCAAUCACCAAGUUCCUGAGCAUUGACCUGAGGGACAGCAACACCCUGGUGGGCAGCGUGUGGCCCGGCUGGGUGCAGACUGAUAUGAGUGGCCGCAACGCUCCCCUCACACCGGCACAGAGCAUUGCCAACAUCUGCAUCUUCUCGGCCCUAUGAACGAUGCACACCACGGACAGUUUUACCAGCAGGACGGCACCAAGCUACCCUGGUGAUUGCUGUUUGUCGAGGUGAUUCCGUUUUCUCUUGUCUGGUGCACUCUUUUCACUUUUUAUUUUUCAACAGUAGAGGAGACAAGAAAUAGGCUUAGCAGUCAUGUGGUGAGUGCCAAUACAAUUGUCACAUUCAAAAAUAGACUAGAUAAAUUCAUGGACAGCGAUAUUAGGUGGGGUUAGAUACACGGGAGCUUAGGGUCAAAGGAGCUGCCUCGUACAGGCCUACCGGCCUCUUGUAGACUCCUGCGUUCUUAUGUUCUUAUGUUCUUAUGUAAUGCAC